AUGAAUGAGCUUACAAUUAGCAAUGACCAAAUUCAUGCGGAAAUUGUCAGUGUACUCAUAUAUUCUUGUGGAGAAGGGAAGCAUCAAAGAAAACGUUUGUUUGUGGCGGUGAAGAUGAAUAAUAAUGAAUGGACUGGAAAUCCGGUUCUGAUCAUUCAUGGUGCCUUUCGAAGAGAUGAAGUCGAUCCAACCAAAAGCCAGUAUAAUGAAGGAGAGCCGAAACCGAACAAAUCAUCCAUACGUCCUGAAGGUUUCAUGUAUGGACUUACUCCGUUAACAGCUCAGGGAUGUCGGCUAUUCGCAUGCGUGGAACAACACGCACAUCGAAUUUAA